AGUAACGCGAAUUUCUCUACUAAAACAAAUAUGGCUGAUGUCCUCAGCAUUUUGCGUCAGUAUCACACAAAUAAAAAGGAGAUUAUUGAAAAGGAUGGUCAGAUUAUUUUUGGAGAAUUUGCUUGGCCGAAAAAUGCAAAAACAAAUUAUGUUAUUUGGGGAACGGGUAAAGAUGGAAUACCUAAAGAAUAUUAUACACUUGACUCGAUUCUCUAUCUACUGAAAAAUGUUCACCUGCAGCAUCCUUUGUACGUCAGAGAGGCUGUGGCUAGCAAUAUCAGUGUCGUUCGUCGUCCAGAUAGGAAAGACUUGCUUGCAUAUCUAAAUGGAGAAACUAACACAGCCAGUAGUAUUGAUAAAAGUGCCCCGCUUGAAAUCUCACAAAGACCAACACAAAUCAAACGUGCUGCUGAAGAUGUGGCUGGUGAAGCAGAUAAAAAGAAACCUAGAAUGGAGGACCCACAAGUUUUGCUUGAUAAGAUGAACUGGAUCAGUAAAAUUGAUGGUGGAAGAGACAAUUCUGUGAUGCCUGCUGUUGGUACAUCUUCCUUACAUGAGGCUAUGCCACUGGAGAAGAUUGCUGCCAUCAAGGCCAAAAUUUUGGCCAUAAAACGAACCAAGAUAAAAGGUGAUGAUGAUAUUCAGUCUGGUGCUUUGGAGCAGAGAACUUUCGUGGACGCUGAGGUGGAUGUGACCAGAGACAUUGUCAGUCGUGAGAGGCUGUGGAGAACAAGAACUACUAUCUUGCAAAGUGUGGGCAAACAAUUUGCCAAAAACAUAUUUAGCAUUCUUCAGUCAAUCAAAGCUAGAGAAGAGGGCACUCAGCGGUCACAGAACCCAUCCCAGAGUAUGGUCUCUACAUCAGCUCCUCAAGCGAGACCUCAACAGCCAAUCACAGGUUAUAACAGAUACGAUCAGGAAAGGUUUAAAGGAAAAGAAGAAACUGAGGGUUUCAAAAUUGAUACUAUGGGAACUUUCCACGGCAUGGCCUUAAAGUCAGUAACAGAAGGAGCCCAGGCUCGUAAGAUGCCCCAACCUGCGCCUCAACCUGUACCCCAACCAGCUCCAGUCAUUCAGCCUGUGUCCAGGCCAGUUUCCCAGGCCAGACCACCACCCAAUCAAAAGAAAGGCUCAAGGACACCAAUUAUAAUUAUUCCGGCAGCUUCUACAUCUCUAAUUACAAUGUUAAAUGCUAAAGACAUUCUACAAGAUUUAAAAUUUGUCAGCACAGAGGAUAAGAAAGCACAAGGUGCUAAGAGAGACAACGAGGUGUUGAUUCAUAGAAGAAAAGAUGGAGGCCUGACAGUGCCCUACAGAAUCAUUGAUAACCCUCUCAAGCUGACACCAGACGAUUGGGACAGAGUAGUGGCUGUAUUUGUACAAGGUCCUGCUUGGCAAUUUAAAAGUUGGCCAUGGAAUGGAAACCCUGUGGAUAUUUUUGCAAAAAUUAAAGCUUUCCACCUGAAAUGGACUGAGCUACCCACAGAUAACAAUGUCCAGAAGUGGUCGGUGAACAUUAUGAACUUAGACAGGCAUCGCAGACAUUUAGAUAGAGCAACACUUCAGAGAUUUUGGGAAGUACUUGAUAAAUAUAUGGUCCAGAAUAAGCCUCAUCUGCGCUACUAAGACUGAAGAUUAAAAGCUUAUUUUUUUGCAACAUAUAUCAAUCUACCUGUACUAACUUCUCGGUCACCCAUUUCUUCUUGUUCAUUGUUUUUCUUUCCUAGAGAUUCCAUCGAGCAGAUCAUUGUUUGCUCAAAUUGUGUUUAAUAAGUUGUAUGACCAUUAGCGUUUUUGGUCAUGCUUUAGAAUUGUACAAGCCAAAGUUGCUGGUGGAUAUUCUAGCUGUACCUGACAUUCAGCUAAGGGCAGCUUUUAUUGUUAUGACAGAAAAGUUAUCAGUAAUAAAAUUUGGUUGUAUAUUUAGCAAUUACACUGGCUUUUUAGCUAUUACAUAGGGGCUUUGGCUGACCACUCCAAUUACAGAGCUAGCAAAAAGUUUUGUUCUAGUCCCUUGUUAAACUUGUCUCUUGACUACACACAACUCAGUCCAGAUCUGUUACACAAGUUAUAGUUCAACACAUUUACAGUAAGAUGCCUCCCCCCUCCCUAUAGAUCUACAGAUCUAGACUGGCUAAGUUAUUCAUAUUUUCCUUAAAUUGUCAUGGUAAAAAGAGUCAAGGCUGAUGUUAAAAUGAGAAUGCUUUUCAUUGUACAAACCUAAUUGUCCAGGCUUUGAAUCUUGGUGAAAUUUCAUUUGAUUAUAGAGGUUUCUGUUGAACUUUAGCAUUUUGUUUAAAAUGUCCCAUGAGCUACACAAAUAGUUCUGUAGGAAUCAAGCCCAAGAGGAGGAGGUGGUGGAACUUGUGGACAUAUUGACAUUUGCAAAUCUAAAGUACAUAUUUUGUGUAAUCUUCAAACAUUUAGAAUUGUCCAUUUUUUUUUUAUUGAAUAGUUUGGCAAAAAAAAAGUGUGUGUGUAGAGACCUAUAAUAUUUUUUUAGAACUUUUUAUACUGUUAUCAUUGAUCAAUGCAGAGUUGUCCAGUUUUUAACCCUUAAAGUGCUGAGCUGUUUUACUAUGAGUGCAUAAAAAAUGGAAUUACAAUUCUGAUGUUUACACACGCGUUUAAAGGGUUAACAACGCAGUUAGAACUUUUGUAAAUCAUUCAGUUCAGUGUAACCAUAUAAGUAAAGACUUUUUAAAAAACUUUGUAUACCUGGUAUCUCAGCAGUGGUUACCUUGAACUUCCCUCAUUUACAGUUAGUUAAACAGCCCCCCCCCCCCCCCCUUUAUGUCUCCAGCCUGUCUUAAACCUCCACGUCUUUUCUCAUGAUUUUUUAUAAACACUCUCAUUCUCAUUUGCAUUGACUAUCUGGCCCUCUAGUGGGUUUAGAGCCUUCAUGUACAUAAAUAGUAUGAAUAAAGUAAAGAGUGAAGCAUUAGCAACACUUGUAAAAUAUUCCUAAAUGGUAAUGGCCCAAAAAAGAUUCAUUUAACCAAAAAAAAAAUCCCAAUUGUUGUAUUUCCUAAGGUAGAAAAAAGUGGUUGUCAGUACGAAAUAAAAUUGUCAUUCAAUUGAAUGUACAGAUGUCAAUUGCAGGCUUUCACUUAAACCUUCAUUGAAAACUGUCCCAGUCAAUUGGCAGUGGAGAACUUAGAAGGUUACUUUGACAUAGAAAUAUUACAAUUGAGAAUUUUGUUUACACUGGAUUAUUUUAACAGGAACAUUAUUUUAAUAUAUAGCGUAGUUACAUAACAUGAUUCAACUAUUUUUGUAUUAACAUUUUUAAAGUAUGUUUUCAUUGAAAAUAUCAUUUUGUGGCUAGGAUGUUAUUCCUUCAUAACAUAGCAUUGAGUUGUCUAUUGUCAGUCCAUUCAUGUAUAUUUUGUAUAUGACCAACCCUGUAUGUAUUGUAUAUAACUUAUUUGAAUUUUGACAUGCAUAAAAAAAAAAUCAUUUAGACUCUUAUUAGCUUUUGUUUACCUCAGUAUCAAAAAGUAUGGCCUAUGCAUUCACACAAACAUAGACAUGUCUCACUGGUGUGUUGCUUCAGACUAUUUUCUCUUUCCCCCAUAUAAAGCAGUAACUCAUCAACUUUGAUUAGGAUUUGAAUCAUUUCCUUUCUUAAAUCAUUGCCUGGGUUUCAUUGGUGGCUGACAUGAUACACACCUUGAUUUUUUUUUUUUUUUCAUUUGUUGAUAUUGUUUUGUCAUCCAUUAUUUGAUUCAUCAGAUCAUUAAAACCUAUCAAACUAGA